AUGGCCAAUGCGAACUACAUCUCCAAGGUUGCCAUCGUCGGUGCCGGCGGUAAUAGCGGAAAGUUCAUGACCGAAGCACUGCUCAAGACCGGCAGACACACCGUCACCGCAAUCACCCGUGUCGACAGCAAGAGCCAGCUGCCACAGGGCGUCCAGGUCAAAAAGGUCGACUACAGCAAGACGGAGACACUUGUGGAAGCUCUCAAAGGCCAAGACGCGUUGGUCAUCACCAUGAAUCGCGUCGCUGGGGAUGCGCAGACCAGUCUCAUUAACGCAGCGGGCGAGGCUGGCGUCCCCUGGAUCUUGCCGAACGAAUGGUCCCCUGAUACCGCAAGUGAGGCGCUCGUUCGGGAUGUGGCCGGCUUCCAAGCAAAAGGUGCCACCCGUAAGUACAUUGCCGACUUGGGGAAGAGUUCCUACAUUGCCGUAACCACGGGCUUCUGGUAUGAGUGGAGCCUGGCGAUCCCACUAGCUUUUGGGUUCGACUUCAAGAAUAAGGCAGUCACACUCUUCGACGAUGGCGACGUCAAGAUUUCGAUAUCGACAUGGCCACAGGUCGGUCGUGCUGUAGCUACACUUCUUAGCCUGCCCGUCAAGAGUGACAACAGCACGAGUACCUGCUUGGAAGACUUCCGCAACAAGCAUGUCUACGUCAACUCCUUCACUGUGAGUCAGAACGACAUGCUGGAGUCGGCUAUGCGGGUCACCGGGACCCAGAAGAAGGACUGGACCAUUACCAAGGAGAAGUCCACGGAGAGAUACCAGGCUGGGGCUGAGCAGAUGAAGACAGGAGACCACAUAGGUUUCGUCAAGAUGAUGUACACUCGUGUGUUCUACCCCGACGGGGUGGGCGAUUUCGAGCGCAACAGAGGCACGAUCAAUAGUGCUCUUGACUUGCCGACAGAGGACAUUGACAAGGCCACCGAAGCCGCGAUUGAAAGGUCGAAGAAUCCAUGGGGUGCGUGA